GAGGCAGCAGCAGGAGGAACCCAUCCCAACCCCACCACAACCUGCCCGGGCAGCAUGAUGAGAAUCGCGGCUUGCCUGUGUCUGCUGGUGGGCGUCUCGCUCCAGGUGGACGUGAAAAGUGGGAAAGUGGUCGGGAAAGCCGGGAAUUUCAUGGAGGACGAGCAGUGGCUGUCAACCAUCUCCCAGUACAGCCGGAAGACCAAACACUGGAACCGCUUCAGAGACGAAGUGGAGGAUGACUACAUUAAAAACACAGAGGAGAACACUGGCUCUGAUGAAACUGUCGACACCACCAAGGACCCGUGCCAGAAUGUGAAGUGCAGCCGGCACAAGGUGUGCGUCGCUCAGGGCUACCAGAGGGCCACGUGUAUCAAUCGCAAGAAACUGGAGCAAAGAGUCAAACAGCCAGAGCUUCAUGAAAGCAGCUGCAAGCCUUGUUCUGCAGCUGUUUCUUCACCUGUGUGUGGCUCAGAUGGACAUAACUACGCUUCAGAGUGUAAGUUGGAGCAGCAGGCUUGCCUCACAGGCAAAGACGUGAGGAUCAUGUGUGCUGGAUUUUGUCCCUGCACCUCUGGCCCUGUUACAAGUACUGACAUAAAACAUGAGAGCUGCACCGGUCAAGACCUGGCAGAUUUGGGUGACCGCCUCAGAGACUGGUUCCAGCUGCUUCACGGGAACGCAAAGCAGAACAACUCUGGAAAGCCUGGAGCGGGUGCUGCCUCAGUGCUGGAAAAGAGCCUGGUAGCCAGCUGCAAGGACUCCAUCGGCUGGAUGUUCUCUAAGCUGGACACCAACGGGGAUCUUUAUCUGGACCAAGCUGAGCUGGCUGCUAUUAACCUGGACAAGUAUGAGGUCUGCAUCCGACCCUUCUUCAACUCCUGCGACAGCUACAAAGAUGGGAAGGUCUCCACGGCGGAGUGGUGCCUCUGCUUCUGGAGAGAAAAGCCGCCAUGCCUCGCCGAGCUGGAGAGGAUCCAAGUGCAGCAGGCUGCCAAGAAGAAGCCUG